AUGCAGCCUGUUGAGCCAGAGAGUGCAUAUGCAUCUCCUGGCUACGUCCGUCAAUUUCGUUCCCCUCCUGCGGCAUAUGAGGUCCGCGGCUGGGAACAGGUCUACGUUGAGGGAGCCAGCGGCCGCCGCGACUCAUUGCCACACCAGAAUUCACCAACCACACAUGAUCCUGUGAGAAUCCCAGAGAUACAGUCGCCCGCGCUUGAGAUGGCGGGAAUAAUGGACGGAGCACUCUCAGGGCCGGACAGCGAUACCGUCAACACACUGGCUGCUUCCCUGAUGAUCUCGACUGCAGUCUCUCCUACUGUCAGCGCAUCGGAGACGCUCGUGGACGCCAGCGAGCACCGCUCUCGCACCCAGUACACCAGUCUCUACGACGACAAAAAGCAGUGGCUCAAGGCCAAGACAGCUGUCUACGUCGAGAAUCUGGCAGCCCGCGCCCACACCCUCCGCACCUACUACAAGGCCAUCAUCUGGUCUCUGCUGCUGAUGUUGCCGGUGAUCUUGGUCGGCUACGCCCAGAACCUUGCCGUCUCGCUGCUGGCGCAGCCCCAGUUUGAAGAACGGUUCUCGGGUGACGAGGACGACUUUGGAGCCGCCUGGAUGCUGGCCGUGCAGAUGUGUUCUGUGGGCAGCUCCAUGCUCGGCGGCCUGUUGUUUUCCGUCCGCCACAUUUUGGCCACGUCGCUCAUGCUCUUCCUCGGCUGCACCUUCAUCAACUUCUGGGCACCGUCCAUGGUCGUCAUUUUGGUCGGCACGCUGCUUCAGGGCCUCUGCUCUGGAGGCUUCGGCACGCUGGCCAGCACAUACAUCUCCGACGUGUGCACGCCGACCAUCAGCAACGUGCUGACCGGCAUGAUCAGCUGCUGCUGGAUCGUGGGCCAGCUGGCCUCCUACGGCGUCCUUUGGCUCAUGGUAGACGUCGAGGGCGCCGGCGCAUACCGCAUUCCUAUGGCGCUCCAAUGGGUCAUUCCCGUGCCCAUUGCCAUUGCCUGUCUCGCGGCUCCGUCGUCUCCAUGGUGCCAUGUCCGUCGCGGCAACACGGCGGAUGCCUUGCACGCACUGGAGCGCCUCACAUGCUCGCCCGAUCGACGGCGGUCCCGCUUUGGCAUCCAUCCCACCGACCCAGCGGUCCUUCGGCUGGCCGAGAUCCAGGCCGUGGUGGCCUUGGAGACGACACAACUGACGGACAAGAUUGAGUUUCGUGAAUGCUUUCGCAAGUCAAACCGGCGGCGCACAGAGAUUGCCGUCAUGGUCAAUGUUGGACAGAUCGUGGUCGGUUUCGCCAUUGCCAGUCAGCUUGUCAACUUCAUGCGCCUGGCCGGCCUCAAGAGCGACGAUUCCAUCAAGAUGGCAUUCUUCAAUGCCAUCAUCCUGCUUUUGGGCAGCAUAUGCUACUUUAUCUUCUACACCCGCCUGUCGACGCGGACCAUGUAUUUGGGCGGCCUGGUUUGCAUAUGGCCAGUCCUGUCCAUGAUUGGGAUUCUGGAUAUCCUGAAACGCCGCUCCGGACAAGCCGUUCUUCUCUUUGGUUGGUCAUUUCUCUACGGCGCGACCGUCGGUCCGUCCACCAACACAAUUGUCUGCGAUGUGAGCUCGGCCGCGCUGCGCACCAAGACCCUCUCGUUGUCGCGAAUGGCCAACGACAUGGGCAGCCUGAUGCAAUCAGCCGCCGGGCCCUACAUGCUGGGUCAUGACAAGGGCAACCUCCAGGGCCUAACAGCGUUUCCAGCCGUGGGCCUCAUCUCCAUUUGGAUCAUCUGGGCCAGCGUGCGGCUGCCCGAAAUGAAGAACAUUCCCCAGGCUGUGGCAGACGUUCUGUUUGCCCGCCGCAUUCCGGCUCGCCGGUUCCAGCGUGAGGCCAAUCGGUUGCAGGUCAUGGACGGUCAAGUCGUGGACGGCCAGGUGGACGCCGUGACAGGCGUGGGCGGCCCAGGCGUUGUGGUCGAGGUGGCAAACGACGCUGCUCUUGUGGUGUAG